GCCGCUUUGGGAUGUUGGUAGCAUUACACCGAGCCGCUCGAGCUCCCUGCCGCGUGGCAUUCGGUUGGUCCGUUCGCUGGUCGUUAGCCCGUGUGGAAAACAGCUCGGCGGUGGCAUGGCACAACAGGGAAGCUCAUCAAUUAAAGAGAACGUGAAGCACGUGCUGAAGACACAUGAUGUAGGAAAUAAAUACUCAGACUUGACCCUUCCCAGAGCAUCAGUGCUAGUGCCCCUGUUCAUAAAAAACGAGGAGCUGCAUGUACUUCUUACAGUCAGAUCCAUGAAGUUGCACAGCAGCCGUGGAGAGGUUUGCUUUCCUGGUGGGAAACAAGACAUGAAGGAUAGAAAUGAUAUAGAUACAGCUCUUCGUGAAGCCCAAGAAGAAAUUGGCCUUCCCCCAGAUCAAGUGGAAGUAGUCUGCAAACUGGUCCCUAUCAUCAACAAGGAUGGUAUUCUGGUGACACCGGUGGUGGCAUUUAUUGAAGAAACAUUUCAACCACAGCCCAAUGCUGAUGAAGUGAGCGACGUGUUUGUCCUGCCAUUGUACCACUUCUUAAAGUCAGAAGAGCACUCUUCAACACCUUACGACAUGAGCAUGUUGAUACACUUCUUCACGUUUAAGGACCGGCAUUUACACAAGUCAUUCACAAUCUGGGGCCUCACUGCACAAGUUUGUAUUAUUGUGGCUUAUGUAGCUCUAGGCCAGAAGCCUUUGUUUAAGGUUGAUUUUGACAUUGAUGACCCCUUUGCAAGUAUGGAUAAGUAUCUCAUGGCAAAAUAUGCUACUAGUAAAUUAUGAGUUUUACUGAUGCACUUCCUUGUUCUGUCUUUAAUUGGUUAAACACUAAUAUUUUGAUAAAGUCUAAAAUCCUGUUUUAGGUUAGCGUAUUACCUGCUAUUUUAUUUCUUUACUUCAGUGUUUAAUUUAUGUACAGUCUUGUCAGUUUCUUCAUUUUUAAUUUGCCAUACUAGUGCCUUAAUAAAGCAGCAGCUAAUUAAGUUGAGCAUUUUCUGAUGUUGCCACAGUGUUUGUUAUGAUCUCAUGCUGUGGACUGAUGUGAAACCUCAGCAGAGUAUGUGUGGCUUAAACAAGCACAUGUAAUGAAUUGAUAAUUAUAAAGAGAGAUAAUAAAUUAUUUUACUCACUGA